UGUAGCCGUCAAUUCGUUUGUUGACACUCCGUACUUGAUCAUUUCUGACCGUCUUCGUGAAGAAUUUUCACGCUGCCAACAAAACUGCCAAAUUGAAUAAGUGUGUUCCUAAGUUCAUCACCUUUUGUCGUUGGAUAUCAGUCUAAACCUCGUACGAGAAAAGCAGUUUCUUAGCGAUCGUAGAAUUCAAGGAUUCGUAAAUAGAACUAUAGGAAAGGAUCCGUUUGACGUGGAAAACGAGCGCCAUCAUGGAUUCCCACGUAACACCAACACCGCUGCAAAUGUCGUAGUUUUACCUUCGCACAACAAGUGGAACUGCUUUAGCAUUCCCGAUCGAAAAACCGUCGUAGGAUCACGCGACACGAUGAAUACAGCGACGAUCAAUACCGUAUUCAACGAAAGAGUCGCGGAUUAUCCUGCCCAAACAGGUAGGACAGCUACAAAUGAUUCCACGAGAAACAUCAGCGGCUUUCGUAGGCUGACCUUGCGAGAGAAGCUCGCGAAACAGAGAUCCGAGAAAGAAAACGAGUCAAAGAACGAUGGUAAUACCCGCGAACGAGCGCAUUUAACGAAAGCAAGCUUGGUAGAAGCAUCAACGUCAUCGCCCAGGCAGUCGAAGAGCAACAGAAACGAGUCAGUCUACGGAAAUUAAGAGCAAGGCGGAAGGAUCACCUCGUUUGACAAAAGCAACAAGUUUUGGAGGUGCCUCGACCUGGUCGACUAGUAAUCACAAACCGGUGUCGAGGAGUCAGUCUAAUAAUGAUGCGAUUACUGAAGAAAGAACUGUGUUUGGUUUUAAGGUAUUGAAAGGAGGACUUCAGAGUUCACCAUCGCAAAAUACGAGGAAUUCUGAAUCUACACGACCUGGAAGGACAGCAAAUAGCUACAGCGCAAAUAACAGACUCAGAAGCAAAGGAAAUACAUUUUUUUAUACGCCAAGGAAUAAUCGAGGCUCUGAGACAAAUUCCGCGGUCAAAAUCCAGCCAGAACGAAGAGUUAGCGUGGAAAUUCAAGAAAAUUUUGUAAGUAGUGAUAAGAAAGUCAGGGAAACGAUUCCAAUGUUUAUAGUGGAAGAACAGUCGAAGAAGAGGAGAAAUUGAGUAAAAACUCUGACAGUAAACACACUAGCGAAGAUGAAGUAUUUUGUGUGAGUAAAGAAAUCGAAGUAAAAAACGUCGAGGGGAAAACGGAAAAACUGCUUAUUCGAGCCGAGUCUCUACGUGAAGGUAAAUCGCGGCUCGAGGAAUUUCGGGAGAAGCAAAAACGUGGAACGCUGACGAGGUCGUUGACCAAUCCUGAUUUUGAACAAGGCGAGAACAUGGCGCCUGUAAAGGACAGGAAUAUCAGUGAAAGUUUAGAGCAAAUUAGGAAGAGAAUUCGUGAAAGAAGACGGAAGAAAGGGCAGUUAAAGAAAUCGCAAUCAAUGCCGGAAACUGAGUCGCCUCCGAAGAUGGAGGAUGAGGAAUCUUCGAAUGAUUCCAAGGAAAUGAAACAGAACGAAGGUAGGACGAGUAUAGAAAUUGAAGAUAGAGUAAAUGCUAAGGAAGUUGAACUGAAAAAGGGUGGAAGAGAAGACUCAAAUUUGAAUGCAUUAGAAUACUUAGAAAUUGAAGAAAACAGCACCGUGAGAUCCAGCGAAACUCAUGGGAAUAAAAUAGCGGGGGAUACGAGAUGUAAGGAUGUGAUAGAGAAGGAUACAAAGUGUGAAGAUGUGGUAGAAAAGGAUACAAGGUGUGAAGAUGUGGUAGAAAAGGAUACAAGGUGUGAAGAUGUGGUAGAAAAGGAUACAAGGUGUGAAGAUGUAGUAGAAAAGGAUACAAGGUGUGAAGAUGUGGUAGAAAAGGAUACAAGGUGUGAAGAUGUGAUAGAGAAGGGACUCGGUAUGAAUGAUGUAUUAAAAGCGAAUGAUGAAGAUGAUUGUAAAAAUAAAGAAAACAGAGAACUUAAGGUUGAUAUUGAUAUAAAAACGACAGAGAAGGAGGCUUCAGAAGGAAAGAAAAUGGAACUGAAAGAAAUACUAUCGUUUAAGCAAGAAAGUGAACUACGGAAAGAACCAACGGAUGUUAAAACUGAAAUCUCAACAAGCCUGUCGAAGGCGGGAGAGCAAAGUAUACCAGACGUUAAGAAACCCACAAAGAGAGACAGAAGGAGGCGAGAACGAUAUCAGCGUUCAAAAACCAUGGACGCUAUCAUGUUUAACGAAAUAUCGCUUGACGCCCGACGGGAAAUGGGUCACAAAGGAGAGGACACAGGUAACGAAACUGUAGCGAUGCCUUCGGUGUCGGAAAUCAAGAAGCGGUUCUUAGAAGCGGACACUGGAGGUUCUAAGGCGCCCGAACUUGGUUUGUUUUUCGCUGGAAAAACCUCGCAGAGCAAAACCCCAGGAAGCGGUUCAACGAAGGAUGACUCCGGCAGAAGUAAAGUGAAAUCAGAGGCUCGCUCCAGAAGAUAUCUCUCACGGAGUCAAACGCUCGCACCUGGAACGACAUUUCAGCAAAACCUUGCGAAACAAGAGGAUGAUAAAACAAACCUAUCGAAGAAUGCCAUUGAAAGCAAAACAAAAACAACCGAAGAUAAGAUACCGCUGUCCCGUAGUCGCACGCUGCCCGGGUAUACUGCGGACGAAUCAGAAUUGAAAGAAAACGAGAAUUCUUCGAAGAAAGAGAUUUCGGAAACCGGGCGACGACCGCCUUUGCGCCGCCAUACAUUCUGCUCGGAAACCAGUUUUACUGUAAGUCGUCACAAUCCAGUGAAAUCUCCCGAAUCUGUCGAGGCAUUGCGAGAGAAGUUCUCCAAAGGUGGAGCACCCCCUGUCUUUGAUUUAGCCACUUCGGGCAAGGGAAACACCACGUCUAAUACUCGAAAUGAUCGUGAGGAUUACCAGAAAAUUCGUCGAAGAGUUGUUAGUGAAAGCAGCAUUGAAGAAAAGUCCGUUGAUGGGUUAUCAUCACAUCGUCCUACGAGACAAAAUUCGGAGAAAAAUCAACAGGAAAGACAGAAAUUUCUUGACAAGUUUCUCGCGAAAGAUGAUGAAGUCAAGAAAUCCGCGGAACUCGAAGAUGAAACAAGUAAAACAGAUGUGGAAACGAAGACGGACGCCAGCGUCCAGACGUCAAAAUAUGGGAAAAAGGACAAGGAAGAGAAAUUAUCAGUUUUGAAAAUCAGAAAAUUGUUUCUUGGGCAGGCUUCGCACGAGAAGAAGACGAAACUUAGAGAGAGACGAGCCAAGACGAUCGCUGGCGGGGAAAGUCGGGAGAUUAUGAAAGAGAUUAAUAAAUUUGUUGUGAAACCUGAUAUUUAUGUGAACAGCACAAGUCAAGAAGAGAACAGAGACGGAAAUCAUGAGAGAAGACGCCGCAGUAGUGACUUGAACCCCGACUCUUACCUGUCGUCAAAACCGUCAUCACCGGAGGAAACUGGAAAUGAUGCUGUUUUUGACGAGGCGAAAUCUUCCGAAGUUCAACCAGAAACUACUUCAAAAGAAACAAAGACACCUUUAAAACCAAAAAAAUCCGCGUUGAAACCCAGGAUACGAAUGAGUGUCAGCGAAUCGGACUUAACCGGAAAGUUUUCCUCAAACGAAGUAAACACAAAUCAAGAUGAAGAUGAAGAUGAAGAGAUCGACUCGAAAACUCCAACAGACUCUAGUGUUUCUCCCGUUACCUCUCCGCGUCGGCGAAGCGGUAGUGAAUCUGAUAUGAAUACCGAAGACCAGUUUGGUAAGAAACAAAACUUGGAUGACUAUCUUACCAGCGCUAUAAACACCCUGACUGAGAGUCCCAAAUCCCAAAGAUCAACACCACCACGAGGUUCGCCGGCAAAAGGGAAGUUUAAAGCCAGUAAAAGCUUUGAUAAAGGCGACGCGAUCGAACACUUGAAUGUUGUGGAGACCAACCUGAGUUUGCAUUCCUGGUCCACGUCGGAUUUGGACAAGAUCUUUCACAGUGGGGAUAGUCCGAGCGCCAGUCAAAUGGACUUAACCAGCACAGACUUUGAUGAAAUAUCUGGCAGCACAACCAGGUUACAGUCAUUGACUGAAGGCAGAACCAAAGUAAGGCCAAAGAGAACCAGCUCCAAAUCAUUGAAUCCCAUGAAAUCUUUGAUGGAAAGAACUGACGUGAGGACACACACGGAAGAACCCCAGACGGAUGAAAACAAGCAAGCAUCUGGGUUUGAGAAGGCAAAGAAACGAAGUAAUCCCAGAAAGAAACGAUCUCAGUUAGAGCCUUGGCGACGCCAUACUUUGGAUCCUGUGGCUUUGGCCGCACUUGCAGGUCGUGAAGAUUUCUCCAGAGUAUCUCUGAGAAAGACGAAAGGACCUGGAAAGGAGAAGGAUGAAUAUGACGGAAGCUUGCCUGUGAUGUUGAUCCAAAUCAAAGGUCGUCGCCAGGUGCAGACUCGUCUCGUCGAGCCCAGUCUGUCUUCACUCAACACUGGAGAUUGCUUUAUUUUGGUUACGCCAAAAGAACUGUUUUGUUGGAUCGGACAACACGCUAAUACCAUUGAGAAAGCGAAGGCUGUAGAGAUCUCAUCCAAGAUCCAGAAACGAGGUGAUAUGAACUGUAAGACAGGAGAUGUGUUGUAUAUUGACGAGGCCAAACAAGGAAACAGUCUCGCUUACCGGAAAUUUUGUAAAAUAUUGGAAGGUGACACAGAUUUUCCGAUUGAAGACGAAAAGUUGUGUACUCAAGACGAAAUUUAUGAACGAGAAGUGAUCUCCACAAACAAAGUCUAUAAACUUCAGGAAGGCGAUCCACCUCAUCUAAUCCCUAUCACAGAAAUAUGUGGUUAUAUGCCAAGAAUUGCAAUAUUGAACACAAAGGAGGUAUUCAUAUUUGAUUUUGGAUCGGAACUGUACGUGUGGACUGGCCAGCAAUCGUUAUCCAACAAAAGAAAAGUAGCAUUUCAUUUAGCGGAAAUGCUUUACAAACAAAAGUUCGCUUAUGAGGGUGACGUCAGCCCCAUCGACCCAAGGCGACCCAUGAAAGGAACCCAGUCCUCUCAGCAGAUAUAUCACGACGCUGAUGGCAAGGAACGAGGCAGACCCACCUGGACGUUGUUUGCAAGACUUCACGAGAAAGCAGAGACGUUACUGUUCCGAGAGAAGUUUUUUGAUUGGCCAGAUCCGACAAAGAUUAUCAAGAUGAAAGGUCACGUGAGCAGUGGAGAGGUUCCAGAGCGUCCUCCCGCAAUCGAGCUGAAACCAUGUGAUCCCACUGAGAUGCAAAAACCUGCAAGUGAUUUGGAGCCUGCCAUUUUAGAGUCGACAAACCUUGGUCGAGGUUUGGGAACUCCAAACGUUGAGGUGAACGGCGAGGUGAAAGAGGGAGACUUGGUAACGACUCUUGGGAUGACAGUUUGGCUUGUCAGCCAAAAUAAACAUUUUGUUCUACCGAAAACAAGCGAAGGACAUUUUCAUUCAGGUGAUGGUUACGUCAUACGCUGGGUGUAUUUUGUCGCGAAGAACCGGGUGGUUCGAGAUAAACGUGGUCGUAUACGUCCGCUGACUGGCAGACAACGCUGUGCAUAUUUCUUCUGGCAAGGUAACGAAUGCAGUGUGAAUGAGAAGGGAGCAGCCGCUAUCAUGGCUGUUGAGCUUGAUCAAGAACACGGACCACAGAUACGCGUUGUAGAAGGCAAAGAACCUCCUCAUUUCUUGAAGUUAUUUGAUGGAGCAAUAGUCAUCCAUUCUGGAAAGAGAAUCCGUGUGGGGGAGGAACAGGAUGAAUUUUCAGAUGACUCCACCAUUCGAAUGUACUGUGUUCGUAACGAAGAUGUCUCUGAAGGAUGUCUUGUUCAAGUUGAAAGAAGUGCCUCGUCUUUGCGAUCAAGAUCAUCCUUCGUGGUCAUUGAUUCUGAACAGGGCAACAUCUUCGUGUGGCAUGGUUCUAAAGCCAACGAAUAUCACAGAACCUCUGCUACAAAAGCUGCUAAUUUCAUUAAAGAAAGACAUCCUAUAGAGAUGAAUUUGUCUGAGAACGCGUCCUUGACUAUGAUUGAAAUCGAGGAGGGUCACGAGUCUGACUUGUUUUGGUCCACUAUAGAUGGAAAAAGAAGUGACUACAUAUCAUUAGUAAGAGAUCCGUUAAACUACGAUUUCUGUCCACGUUUGUUCCACAUGAGUAGUGCCACAGGACCCUUUAUAUCCACAGAGAUCCUUUGUCCCUCCAGAUAUCCCGGGAGAACCUGUCCGUUCCCAAUCCUGCAAGAUGACCUCUACUCUGCGUCCCAACCAGCAACGUUUUUCUAUGAUGUUGGAAAUGAGGUUUAUGUUUGGGAAGGCUGGAUGCCGGCCGAAAUCACGAAAGAUAAAAGAGGAUCUGCGAAAAGACGUUGGGAUGAAGAAAGGAAACUCACCUUGCAGACAGCAUUGUCUUAUAUUGAAAAAGCCAAUGGUAGAAUAAAGAAAGGUUUCGUAGUUCAAGCUGGUCUGGAACCAUCAUCCUUCACAACUCAUUUUCCAUUUUGGAAAAGAAAUCAAACGAUCGCUGAAAUACAAAAGAAAGAGAGAAAAAAUUAUUUCGAAAGAAAGUCCGUCGAAGAAGCUCUAGAGGCCUUUGAAAAGAAAUAUUAUAGUUUACAAGAAUUAACAAGUGACUGUCCUCCUGACGGAGUUGACCCAUCAAAGCUUGAAACGUAUUUGACUGAUGAGGAAUUUCAAAAAAUCUUCGAAAUGUCACGUGAGUUGUUUAAUAAUCUACCCGGAUGGAAACAGGAUAUAUUGAAGAAGGCGUUGGGAUUAUUCUGAACCGCCGCUUGUGUAUGCACUCUGUGUACCAUUGUAAACAUAGUUGUACCUACAAAUACCUAGGUGUACACAUUAUUACCUGGAUUGAUCGAUGUUCGAUGUGCCUAGUUCAUGGUUACUACUCCUAGACGUACCCAUAUGUACUCCAAGUACCCAUAAAAGUCCCAAAUGUCAUAAAAGUCCCAAAUAAAAUAUAUUAAAUAAACUUUAUAUAAUUGAUUUAAAUAAUAAUCUUGAACAUACUAUAUAAAUAUAUGUUAAAGCGUGAAUCUAAAAAAUAACGGUUAAUAUAGAGAUUGUGUACAUAAAAUUAAGGUUCUUACCAUCAUUUAAUAUCAUUUUCUGGAUAUUUAAUAAUGUAAAUGAAUGUUAGUUUAUGUUCUUAACCGUGAAAUUUUAGAUUUCAAGAGGAAUAUAACAAGAAUUGUUUAUUUUAGUUUCAUUAGGAUUUAGGUAUUAACAUUUUAUAGAAAAUUACCUAGAACCAUAGUUUCUGUUAGAAUGGAAUGUGUAUUUGAAUGCACACCGUAGUGGUUUCAAAUAAUCUAUAAUAGCCUGUAUUUAUAUGUAUAAUUUUGCGG